GUGGAUCAGCGAAGACGCGACGCGUUACGCGCGNCGUGCACAUCGGAUCAGCUGAGGUUAAUGGGGUAUACGAAGCAGUCUAAGCAAGGGAGCUCAAUAUUGGGGCGUGCGGCCGCGUCGAGUGGAACGUCGACUUUGAUGGCAAACCCGAAUGCGAAUGUGGCGUCAUCGUCACGUCAACUGCCCGGCAACGCGCAAGGACCGUCGACGGUGAUGGGUGGAGGGGUGAGCGUGGAGAUAAGUGGGUAUCCGUCACCCGAUACGGACCAAAUGAUACCAUUCAAGCCGAAGAUUAAUACGAUAGCGAGCUACCAUCCGGUCCCAGGGGGUAUAUUCCCGCCCCCGCAAGCCGCAGCGCAUCUGAUGCAGCUGCUGCCGCCGCCGUGGUGUUUUAAUGGGCCGUUCGUAUCGAUUGAUUUACUGAUGGAAAGCCUGCUGAAAUUUGGACAGACUGCACCUCCAACAGUGGAUCCAACUCAAAAAUUAGAAAAUGGUACAAUGUUUGGAAAGCAUCGAAUAGAGGAUAUUAAGAAGGAUUUCUAUCAGCUCGUAGCGACGACGACUGACCCGAAUGUGGUGUUGGCAACAAGCGAAUACGACAAGCAGAAGGCAUCGAUUCAGAAUCGAAAGAGACGAGCGGCAGGGGCGGAUUCGGAUAGUGACGAGGAUAUGCCGAGGAAUAGUCCGGGAUUGAGGGAUAUUUACAAGAGGAGGAUGAAUGCGAAGACGCAUGAGUGA